AUGAAGGAAGCCAGAGCAUCUGGAAAGUAUGCAACAAUAAGGAAUGGCAAACUAAUUAUACGAGACAAAAUGGAACCUGAAAAGAGGAAGAGAGCCCAAUCCACCCCACCUUCUACUCCCCCAGACAACUUCAGCAAAGCCCCUGGAGAACCCAAGUUAUACCAACCUGCUAAAAUGUCGAGAAUCAACCCAGCAGAAAGAAUGAGAAGCCAAUCAAAUCCGAAUACAGAGGAGACAUCAAAAAAAAACUAG